AUGACUGUAACUGUAGUGGCUGGUAUUCUGGAAUCCAGCCUGUGGGGUAUCUGUGACCUUUCCCUCAUACGAAAAUAAAUGUAAAGUGUACUAGGAUCAAAAUUAAACAAACACAUGAUGCAGAUUGACCUGCCAACAAAACGGGAAGAAGUUAACCUUGUCGUUAAACUUGACCCUUUUUCCAUGGAUUUGUUUGUCUAAAAAUAACGAAUAGGCAUCCGCAAUUAACACCUCUUUCCAUUACAUUGACUGUAACACAACACAAUACCAGACCACUCAACAUAAGGAACAAGGCACACCAACUUGCCACAACAAAACCUGACCCAGAUGCAGCAAGAGUCUGACCUAGCACAGGAGGACUACAAGCCUGAACACACUGUACUUGGGACUACUCACAGUUUCCAUUGAACACAGUCAGUCAACAUCACUCUAUUGUAAUAUGCACAAAUUGUAUGAUUCAUGUUUUGGGAUUCCACGCUUUGAGAUUCUUCGCUAUUACUCCCAAGAGUUCCAGCUAUUUGCUUUGUUGUUCUGUGAUAUCUGUCACUCUUAA